UAUUGCUGUGAUAUAUGUAAUUCAAGUUAAAAGACCGUAAGUAACCUGCACCACCCGAGAUCGAGGAAAAUUGAAGGUGUUAUAGUUUGUACUUUGUAGGACGCUUCCGGUUUAUCAGUGCAUAUUAUUGUGAUAUGCCACGUAAUCAACCAUUCAAUAACGGGCAAUGGCUAAUUGCUGUUUGCACAAAUUUAACUUCUUAAAUACCAGUUGCUCUUCGUUAUACAACCACUUUGGCUUCACUGGGAUAGCUACAAUAAACGCAAGCUUUUGUUUAACUUUAUUCAACGUCUUAUUCCCAGCAUCAUGGAACAUCAUAUUCCACGAUUGGUCUUCGAGUUUUCGGAAGAAGCAUGGAAACAAAGCAUUGGCGCCCUCCACAACCAAGGCCAAGCAGGGCAGACGCAGACCCUCCAGUUUUUGCAGGCUCUUCAUCUGGAGGGAUACGAGAAUCGCUUUAAAACCGAUUAUGAUUAUUAUCAAGAAAAUUUUACCACCAAGUUAACUCCAUUGAAUCAUGAUCAUCUGUUGGUACUGGAAGAAGAGCUCGAUCAAAUUGAUGAAAUUGCUCAUCAAAAUAUGAAUGGUCUGUUGCAAGUGUAUUUCGAAGAUGUGGACCAUGUACCUUACGUGAGUAGCCACCGCGCCCUUGCUACAAUUCACACCAACACGGGCAACAACUAAGGGCACAUCUGCAUGUCCGGAGUUUUAUAAACCUGUUUUUAGUUUAUGGAUAACGAGUGCGCCGAUCAGAGAGUUGUAUUAGGUGUUAGUUAUACUUCUGUACUGUUUGAGCCGGUUUGAAGUACUGUUUGAGCCGGUGAUGGGUGAUGGGUUUUUCUAAACUUAACUGUAUACUCGUAUCGGAGGUUUUGGGUUUUAAUGCCGGGAGACGAAACGCCCGUAAGUAAAGAAAUCUACAUACGUAAGUAUAGGUAAUAAUACCCUGUCCUGUCAUUUUUAGCGGCUAUAGGAUCCUUGCUAUGUAAGUAAAUGUCAGGCAUGCACGCCUGGAUAGGGAUGAA